AUGCGUACGCAGAGGGCAGAGUCUCGAAAGAACGGCGAGCCUAAGCCCGCGCUUGAUGUGGUGGGGGUAGUGAGGCGCAAGCAGGGAGAAGGGGAAUCGGCGAGUUGUGACUGCGUGGUGUGUGGAGACAAGAGUUCUGGAAAACACUACGGUCAGUUUACUUGUGAGGGCUGCAAGAGCUUCUUCAAGCGCUCCGUGAGGCGCCAAUUGACUUACACCUGUCGAGGAGCACGUCAGUGUCUCAUUGACCUACACCAUCGAAAUCAAUGCCAGUAUUGCCGCUUUCAAAAGUGCCUUAGAAAGGGAAUGCAUAAAGAAGCCGUUCAACGGGGUCGUUUGUCUGCAGUGAGUCAUCCUUACUUCCGUACCUUUGACCGCCGAGGUGGGGAGAUUUCUCCCGAUUCAGAAAUUGGGGCACCAUCGAUGGACUCGGCGCAGACACGUUCUGCCCUUCAACUGAUUUCCACUUUACUGAACGCCGAGCAGGCCUUUGAUUCCCCCUUUACCAGCACUGCAGCUAUUGCCACUCACUACGUGAGGUGGGCAAAACAAUUACCCUUCUUCAAUAACAUCCACAAGGUCGACCAAAUGGCACUGCUAAACGAUGCACUGUGCGACAUUAUUCUGUUAACGCUAUCUCAGCGUCUGAACUACGGAAUCGAUCUCCUGAAGCUCCAUCAGCGCAAUGAUGGGGAAAAUGUGAAGUUAAAUUUGAGGAAACUGUAUGAAAAUAUUAACCAACUUACUACACUAAACCUUAACUUCGUUGAAUGCGCAUGUUUGAAGGCAAUGCUCUUCUUCAACGUAGGCAAGUAUUUAGAUCAGCUGACGGAUCCCACUCCAAUCAAAUAUGCGCAAGUAGAGAUACAGGCUGCUCUAGAGGAAUAUUUGCACUGUACCAUGUCUAACAAUCAGCCCAGUCGACUAGGGUACAUUCUUCUGCGUUGGAUUGGUUUAAGGACAACGAGCCUCAGGUCACGCCUUGUGCAGGUCUUAUCUCCAAAGGACUACCCCCUGGAGUUGGAGAUACACAGAGCACUUACCUCACAUUUAGAUUUCAGCAGAAUGCGAUAUCACGUCCUGAGUGUCCCCACCCCCGUCAUUUCUUCUCCGUCAGGUGGAAGACCUAAUCAACAACCAACUCCUCAAUUUCGUUUAGAUCGGCUGGAUAUUACCACCUCAGAUACCUCCAACAUAUUACAUUAUGGUUUGCAGUAUCGUCAGGAGAAUCAGGCCUUUGGUAUGAAUCACCAGCCUACCUUCCAAACAUUCUGCCGAGCCCUCAGAGAACGAUUCUUAAAUGGUACCCCUGCUUCGAAAGUUUAG